AUGAAUGGGAGGACUGAUUUUCGAGAGUCGAAUGCAGAUGUUCCAAGACCAAUUCCCCACAUAGGGGCUGAUUACAUUCCAACAGAGGAAGAAAGAAGAGUAUUUGCAGAAUGCAAUGAUGAAAGCUUUUGGUUUAGAUCUGUGCCUUUGGCUGCAACAAGUAUGCUGAUAACUCAAGGAUUAAUUAGUAAAGGAAUCCUUUCAAGUCAUCCCAAGUAUGGAUCUAUCCCUAAACUUAUAUUUGCUUGUAUCAUGGGAUACUUUGCUGGAAAACUUUCUUAUGUGAAAACUUGCCAGGAGAAGUUUAAGAAUCUUGAGAAUUCCCCUCUUGGAGAGGCUUUACGAUCUGGACAAGCGCGGCGACCUUCUCCAUCUGGGCACUAUUCUCAGAAGUCAAAGCAUGAUUCAAAUGUCAGUGGUCACCCAUCUUUUGUGACAUCCCCAGCAGCAGACAACAUGGAAAAAGAUCCACUUCCUCGUUAUGAGCCAAUUCCAUUCAGUGCUUCCAUGAAUGAAUCUACUCCCACUGGUAUUACUGAUCAUAUUGCCCAAGGACCUGAUCCCAACAUUGAAGAGAGCCCUAAAAGAAAAAAUAUUACAUAUGAGGAAUUAAGGAAUAAGAACAGAGAGUCAUAUGAAGUAACUUUAACACAAAGGACUGACCCCUCAGUCAGGCCUAUGCAGGAAAGAAUGCCCAAAAAAGAAGUCAAAGUAAACAAAUACGGCGAUACUUGGGAUGAAUGA